AUGGCGCAAAAGGCCGUGGCAGCGAACGGCACUGGCGGCCGGACGAAGCCGCACGCCGUGGUGAUCCCGUUCCCGCUGCAGGGCCAUGUCAUCCCGGCGGUGCACCUCGCGCUGCGUCUGGCCGCGCGGGGCUUCGCCGUCACGUUCGUCAACACGGAGUCCGUGCACCAGCAGAUGGCCAGAGCCCUCGGCCUCGGCGUUGACCGGGAUCGCUACGACAUCUUCGCCGGCGCGGGCGCGGACGUGCGGUACGAGCUGGUGAGCGACGGCUUCCCGCUGGGGUUCGACCGGUCGCUGAACCACGACCAGUUCAUGGAGGGCGUGCUGCACGUGCUCCCGGCGCACGUGGAGGAGCUGCUCCGCCGCCUCGUCGUCGACCCGGCCUCCACGUGCCUCCUCGCCGACACCUUCUUCGUUUCGCCGGCGACGCUGGCGAGGAAGCUCGGCGUGCCGUGCGUGUCCUUCUGGACGCAGCCAGCGCUCAGCUUCGCCCUCUACCACCACAUGGAUCUGCUCGCCAAGCACGGCCACUUCAGAUGCGAAGUGCCUCGGAAGGACACGAUCACGUACAUCCCGGGCGUGCCGGAGAUCGAGCCGCACGAGCUCACGUCGUUCCUCCAGGAGACGGACACCAGCAGCGCGGCGCACCGCAUCAUCUUCAAGUCGUUCGAGGAGUCGCGCGGCGCCGACUACGUCCUCUGCAACACCGUGGAGGAGCUGGAGCCGUCCGCCAUCGCCGCUCUCCGCGCCGAGAAGCCCUUCUACGCCGUUGGUCCCAUCUUCCCCGCCGGAUUCUCCCGCAGCGCCGUCGCCACCUCCAUGUGGGCCGAGUCCGACUGCUCCAGCUGGCUGGACGCGCAGCCGGCGGGGUCCGUGCUCUACAUCUCUUUCGGCAGCUACGCGCACGUGACCAAGCAGGACCUGCACGAGAUCGCGGGGGGCGUCCUAGCCAGCGGGGCGAGGUUCCUGUGGGUGAUGCGGCCGGACAUCGUGAGCUCCGAAGACCCGGACCCGCUGCCGGAGGGCUUCGCAGCGGCGUCCGCCGGGCGCGGGCUGGUGGUGCCGUGGUGCUGCCAGGUGGAGGUGCUCUCCCACGCCGCGGUGGGCGGCUUCCUCACGCACUGCGGGUGGAACUCCGUGCUGGAGAGCGUGUGGGCGGGCGUGCCCAUGCUGUGCUUCUCGCUGGUCUCCGAGCAGCCCACCAACCGUCGGCUCGUCGCGCGGGAGUGGCGCGUCGGCGUGCCCAUCGGGGAUCGUGGCGCUGUGUUCACAGACGAGGUGAGGGCGAGGAUCGAGGGGGUGAUGUCUGGGAAGGAGGGAGAGGAGCUCCGGCAGGCUGUGAAGAAGGUCAGGGCGACUCUCGAGGCCGCCGCCGCGCCCGGCGGGUCGUCGCAACGGAGCUUCGACCAGUUCGUCGAUGAGCUGAUGCGCCGUUGUGGCGGACGCUGAGUUGAGCUGAGCGAGCUCCACGUGAAAUGACCGCGGGUCCAGCUUAUAUUCAGCGUUUUCUAUUCGAUCGUGUUCAGCAUUUCCAUCAUUGUAAUGGCACAGUUUCUCCUUCUAUGGAUCUAUCGUGGUCUCACAAACAUAUGGUCCUGCAUACGCGGUAAUAAGCCAGUAUUUAUUCAUCA